AUGGCAUUUAGCACAAUCCCGCAAAAUAUCUUUUGGGGACGCCAUUUUGCCAAAAUUGAAGCGCUAGAUGGUUGUGUUUGUACAACCGCUGUUAAAAGUUCACGGGCCUUCGAUCAAAUCAAAGGUGUACAAUCGUCAAAUCAAAGGUGUACAAUCGUCAAAUCAAAGGUGUACAAUCAUCAAAUCAAAGGUAUACAAUCGUCAAAUCAAAGGUGUACAAUCAUCAAAUCAAAGGUCUACAAUCGUCAAAUCAAAGGUGUACGAUCGUCAAAUCAAAGGUGUACGAUCAUCAAAUCAAAGGUGUGCGAUGGUCAAAUCAAAG